AUGGACUUGCGACGCGGUCAUGGCCAACAGCAACCUCCACCACCACCUCUUAGCGUUCAACAGCCGUAUCCCAGUCUAUACAGCCAGCCCGCGCCACCACACUCGCAGCAGCCCGUGCUCCCGCCAGUGCCAGUGGCCGCUCACCAUCAGCCUCAGCCUCACCCCUAUGGCACCCCGGGUCAUGCCGCCUCAGUCUUGACGCCCAGCUCGGCUACCAGCCAGGGCUCCUUCCCGUCGCCGCAAGAGACACAGCCGGUGCACUUUGGUUCGUACAUGGGGAGGCCGUCAAGACCAGAUGCCUUGGCAGAUAGUGACGGUAUCUACGGAGAGCGGAAUGGGGCGCAGGAUGAUUACCUCCGCAGCGAGAUCAAGUUCGAGCUCGACGGAGGCCAGGAGCAUGCGCGAAAGAAGCAGAAACGCAACAAGCCGACUCUGUCGUGUCAAGAAUGUGUCGACCGCAAAACCAAGUGUGACCGCGGGCGUCCUCACUGCACAGCCUGUGUGCGGAGACAGACGCCUUGCGUCUAUGCGGAGAGGGCUAAUCUCAUCGAAAAGACGAAUGCGGCUGCGACAAAUGGCCGGCGCAUAACAAAGCCCCCAAAGAACCAGCCCGGCAUCUACGCCUCAGCCCCCGUUCCCAACCUAGCAGAUCGAGGACCUGUCUCAGGGUCCACGGGUCUUCUCAGCCACGUCCCGUACUCGGUGCCCAAGGCGAGCAACGUCUUUGGUGUCGGCGCCGAGCAUCCGUUUGCCAACUACUGGACCUGCGGCGGUGGCCUGGCCGAGGUUGUCGCUGUGCUCCCUCACAAGUACCAAGCCGAUGUCCUGUUGGAGCGGUAUUUUGAGUGCGUUGAUCCAGUGUACCCCAUGAUCCACCGCCAGACCUUUUACGCCGAGUAUGAACACUUUUGGCAGCUGUCAGAUGAGGCAAAGAACAUGGCAGAUGCAUCUUUUAUUGGGUUGAUGCUCGUCAUCUUUGCGCUCGGCACGCAAUUCCAGUUUGGCACGGGAACUACCAUAUCCGAGCGCAAGCACUCGGCCGAGUUCUACGCCUCCGCGAGCAACCAGGCCCUGCGCAUGUUCUCGUACCUCAGCACGGCGUCCAUCACGUCGAUCCAGACCAUGGUGCUGAUCACCUACUUCCUCAUCAACGACAACCACGCCUCAGAUGGGUGGGCGUUUGCGGGAGUCCUGGUGCGGCAGGCCUACGCCAUGGGUCUCCAUCGCGAUCCCAACAUUGUGACACCAGACGCGACGCCCUUUGAAAAGCAGCAGAGGCGCAAGCUGUGGCAGGCAGUCCUGCUGCAAGAUACAUUCCUGGUUGUUCUCUUGUCGCUUCCGCCGUCGGCCACACACACAGAUGUCAAGGUGGAAGAUCUGGAUGACAGCUCCUCCAUUGCGCUCAGUGAUCCUACGGACAUUGCCUAUAUUCGCGCAUCGUGGACACUCGCCAACCUGGUGCAAGAAACAAUCUGCUCGCAGCGUUCACUCGACAUGCCAAUCUGUCCGACAGCACGGGCCAAAUCCAAGAUAAUUGGCGAAUUUCGCUCCGUCUACAGGUCCUUUCCCGACAGCUUCCGCUCUUGGGACGCAGACCAGCUGACGAGGCUGGUUGUCGAGAAGCCACGCGUCGUGCGGCAGACCCUCUUCCUCUCCAGCAACUACCACCACAACCUGAUGCUGGUGCACGCGUCCGACUGCCCUGAGUCGAGUGUCAACCUGAGACUCGUACUCGAGUCUGCCCACGACGCCAUUACGGCCUUCUUUAUGCUCUGGGAGCUGCUCGAGCAGGAAGCACGCGUUUGGUGGGUGUUCAACCACCGGGCCUUUCUCGAGGCAAUGUGCAUCGGAAACGCACUGCAAGAAGUCGAGAAGACGGACGGAGAUCGUCAGCUGGCGUACAAGGAUCCACUGUACGCAAGGGGCCGGGACGACAUAGAGAAGAUGGUAGCCAUCAUGGAGAUUAUGGGCAAGGAGUCCGACGUGGCCGAGUCCCGCGUAUCGGUUUUGAAAGACUUGCUCAAUAGGACGUGGUCCAUCUUCAGCGCGUCGGAGCUAGGGGAGGAUUUAUCCGUGACGAUACCAGAAGCCCGGCAAGGCAUGAUCCAUCCUCUCAACGAGACGCAUUGCGACACGCUCGACGACCGCCACUAUGACAUUCCCAAGGAUGCGCGCCGCUGGGCACCGCUGGGCAAGAAGGUCCUCAUCAUCGACGUCGACACCCGGCUGGAUACCUCCACGGGCUCAAUGCUCGGCACAGGGAUGCCGCUGACGCCAGACAACAACAAGCCUCGCACGGCUGGCAUUCUCAACCACUUCCACUACGCGCUGAUCCACGGGUACAACUAUCGUCUCGUCCGCGCCCCCGAGUACCAGGACCGACACCAGACAUGGGUCAAGGUGCCCAUUGAGCAGGAGGCGCUCAAGACGUACGACUUUCUUGUCUUCCUCGACGCGGAUGGCAUCUUCAACUACGUGCAGGUCCCGCUCGAGUGGCUCUUCAGCCUGUGGGAGAUCACGCCGCAGACGCUCAUCGCCAUGGCCGAGGAUCCGCACUCGGAGCAGAACAGCGACGCCAGGGGCUGGGUAUUGUGUAACACGGGCUUCAGCAUCGCCCAGCAGAGCAAGAGGACGCAGGAGCUCUUUCAGCGCUGGCUGGACUGCCCUACCGAGAGGGGGGAGUACGAGAGCUGUGCGCAGUGGGCGCACGAGCAGGCCGCGUUUGGCAACUACGUGCGCUACGACUAUGAUGUGCACAAGGACCUGCGGGCCAUCAGCUGCCAGGGCGGCAACGGCAUGCCAGAGGAGAAUGGCGGCGCUGGGCGCAGUGGCAUGUUCGUCCGGCACUACUGGAUCGGUAAGGAGUAG